AUGGGCGAUCAUGGACUUCGUUUUGGUCCUCAAAGAGAAGCAGGAGUUGGCAAAUUUGAAGACUAUAAUCCGAUGCUUAUGAUAGCAGUACCAAAGUUUCUACGUGCUAACAAUCAACUGAUGACAAACAUGCGCAAUAACGCUUUUCGACAUACAUCAAAUUAUGAUGUUUACGCAACUCUUGUUGAUAUCGCGAAAAUUGGUAAAAAGAAUGCGUAUAAAAAUUGGGACUAUCACGAUUUCAGACGCGAUUUCGGUGAUAAAAGAGGUGCUCGUGCGAUGAGCUUAUUCAGACCAAUCCCAUACGAUAGGACGUGUGAGGAAAUGGAAAUAGACGAAAAAUUUUGUUUGUGUUAUGCGUGGACGCAUGCGUCGGUGAACAGUGAUCUUGUUCGGUUGGCCGGAUAUACGGUUAUCGAUAGUGUGAACCGGUUUUUGGAAUCUGAGAACAUCUCAAGUAUUUGUGCAAAGCUGAAAUUCACCGAGGUGAUUGUUUACAACAUUCUUCCUCUCCACCGAUUCGUCAAAUUUCAUUUGGAAAGCAGCAAAUAA